GUAAUUUUACUAUUACUGCUGCUGUUGUUGCAGUAUUAUUUGUAAGUACGUAGUAAAGUUCGGAAGGAAAUAAUGCAGGUGUUUUGCAAAUAAUGAAUAUUACGAGUAAUAAGCAAAUGACUGAAAUAUUGACGUUCUUGCAUAACUGUGCUUCCUCGUGACGUCUGCCAAGAGUCCUUCAUUCCGUUUUUCUGUCCUGUACUUCUCGCUCUCCGCGUGCUUCGAUCUUCUCUCUCAGCUGCGCACCUUGCUAUCUAGUACAUUUUUUCCCUUCUCUGAAGUGUUCCUUGCUGUGAGUGUGUGUGUGUGUGUGUGUGUGUGUAAGACGUUUUUGUUGCGUGGUGGGUGCAGCGUGCAGGUAAUGUUACGCCGCCGCCCCCCGUCGUCGCCGCCGCCGCCGCCGGUCAUCAGGACAGGCUAGAGGAGCCAAUCGUUGCGUAAUGCAGAGGCCCGGGCGUGACGUCACGGGGUUACGAUAGCCAAUCAGGUGUGCGUCGAAGGGUUUCCGUGUGAGGAGUGGCAGUUUGUUUACUCUGGGCGGAUCAAGUGAUAGUAAACACGCCAAGAGGAAGAAGAGCGGAGACAGCCACGCUAGCUGAGGCGCUGCGCUCAGGCAAAGGAGCGGGAGCAGUGUUGGCGCGGCGGUGUUACGACGCGGCUGUCAUCAUACCGUAACCUGUUGUUGCCUUAAAGUGUCGUGACGGGGGGGCGCAAUUAAGGUCCACACUUCAGUACCCUACAGAGACUUGUAUCAUGAUGUCUUGCUGUGUCUUUUCGCCUCUCUCGCAGCCGUGCAUUCAUGUUUUUGUCACUGCAUUCUUGAGUGUCAGACCAGUUAAGCCCAUAUUCUUAAACGUUUUGCUCGCUUAUAAGGUCUAUUUUUCAGAGGCCGCAGGGAUGAAAAGACGUGUUCUAAUAAGUGUAUUUCCUCUUGAUGGUGCAGAAUCCUUGUUAAACUACGGCCUGUAUUCAGAAAGCUUUGCUUGCUCACCACGACUAUUUCCAAGGCAAACAGAGAUGGUUUGAGGAGUUUGAGUGCAGGCAUGAGUGGGCGCGGGUCACUGGGUGGGGGAAUGUUCACGCCGCCCACACCGCGCCGCUCACGCUCCUCUGCCUCCACGCCGCCUGCCAGGAAGAGAGAGGAGAGAAGGGCGCGCCACACCACUACUAUCGCCACUCCUUCACUGCCCCCGUCCACCACCUGCCAAGCCACACCUCCCACCUCUGCCAUCACCACUGCUGCUGUCACCACCACCACCACCACCAUCACUACUACUGCAGUACCAUCAACCACAGUUACUGAUGCACCUACCACUAGAACAAGCGGCUCCAGCACCAAUGUUACCCACCCCACCACCACUACUACCACUGCCACCACCAUCACCAUCACCAUCACCACUACAGCCAGUGCCACCAGCACAUCCUCCUCGAGUCCUAGCCGUGGGCACUCCAGCAGCAGCCACCAACUGUCACCGUGGUCUGGCUCUGCCUCCCUGAGUUCACCCAGUGGUGGCAAAAAGAACUGCUCCUCACCUGAUUCUCGCCUGGUUGUGUUGGGAUACCCGGCUGUGGGAAAGUCAGCACUAGUGGUUCGAUUCCUGACGGGUCGUUUCAUCUGGGAGUAUGACCCAACACUGGAGGCUGCAUAUCGUCACCACACCAUGGUGGAUGACGAGGUAGCUGUCAUGGACAUCCUGGACACGGCUGGCCAGGGUGAUGGACCAGUGAGGGAAGGUCUGGCUCGCUGGGGUGAAGGCUUCCUCCUCGUGUUCAGUGUGACAGACCGUGCAAGUUUCUCCUUUCUGCAGCCCUUGCAUGCAGCACUUGCCACAGCCAGGACAACGCCCAACUUCCCCUGUGUCGUGGUGGCCAACAAGACUGACCUAGGUCACAUCACCUCUGUUAGUGAGGCUGAGGCAGUGAGUCUGGCUGGGGAACUUGGUGCCUCUUUGUUCUUUACGUCUGCCAGUGAUGGGGGUCCCUCCAUCCAGGCUGCCUUCACGGAGCUCCACCGAGAUGUGGUCAGGCGUCGCUGGACCCGCCGCCGCCGCUCCUCUGCCAAGACCGUCAUCGAGGGAUUCUACAAGAUGUUCUCGCGAUGACACGGUGAGGUGGAGACUUGAAUUCCAGAGCCAACCUCCACAGCCUGUUGUUACCAUUGGGCACCACACAUACACAUACAUUAUGAGGGUUAAGAACAGAGAGGGUUACACAUAUCUUCAGAGAGAUCAUGAUAACAUUAUCAUAAAGUUUAAUAAGAGGCACAAUAAUUCAAGGAAGGAGAGUGGAACAAGUUAGCAAUGAAUUUCCAGCAAAGUGUGAGUAAAGUUCAGUCUUAUAAAUAGAAGGGGUGGUACUGUGUGGAUGAAAUAUAAGUCAGAGAUGGAGAAUUGUCUGAGACAUAUUUGGUUAAAUCACAGUAGCUGGGGAGUUAGAUCUAUUAAGAUUUUCAGAUAUGGGGCAUGGUGGAAUGUGGUGAAUGAGCCGCCUCUCUGUCCUGGACGCCAUCAGAGCAAGCAAUUGAACGCUGAUAGUCAGAAUCUCUAAUAAUAAUGAAGCAUUUUCACCAAUGAGGCCAUGCCAAAUUUCCAGUGUCUACUACAUAAUUUCACAUAAGAUUUUACAUAUUGGCUUUGCUUGGCUUUAGCUGAUAAGGGACAAUUCAAUCCCGAAUAACAGUUUUUUAUUUAUUUAUUUUAUUUCUUACCUCAUGUAUACCAUGUUUCCUGAUGUCAAUGUUUUGUUAACAUUCUACUUGACAUAUCAUUUAAUAGUAUGUUGUACAAAUAGGAGUUAAGAACAUAUCAUUUAAUAGUAUGUUGUACUAAUAGGAGUUAAGAAGUUAUUAAGCUACAGCUCUGCUCCAUGGCCAGGAUGAAAAUUAAUACAGUAGAAUCCCAUUUAACUGUUCUCUAAACAUCUGAAAAUGUGGACACGUUGUGAGGAGCAGAGAGGGUGGAGCUUUUCAGCCCCAAUCCUUCACCAGGCAGCCACCAACACAGUUCACAAGAGAACUCAUUUGCUCAUCACACACACACACACACACACACACACACACACACACACACACAGUCUUGGCUGCCCUGUGGUGCUGUCAUGGUAUGUUCUUUGGUGUAGAAGUACACCCAACAAGAAUUUACUAUUAUUCUUCAAACUAGGUUAUUUAUAUAUCUGUAUGGAAAACUUAUAAUUUUUUUAUAUCAGAAUUCUUGUAUUGAUCUUAAUUAUUCUCCCCUUAUUAGAUUUAGUUAAAUGUGAUUCUACUGUAGAGGUGUAGUGCAAUAUUUUCAUUAACAGGUCAAAGUAAAUCACAACAGAUGAAUAUGUUUCAGAAUUUUUCCUAUAAGUGAAAUAUAAAAGUGAACAUUGCCAGGCACUACAAGCAAGAAUCACAACUGCAAACUCACAAACUUCUUAAAAUUCUUCCACUUAUAUUUUUCUGCAAUUCCAAAGCAAGUGUAACAUUUUCAAAAAUCCAAAUCACAUCCGGAAAACUGGAAUUUGCAGUUUGCUGAAGUGACUGUGUGAUUGCAUCAGUGCCCAGCUUGUAUUGAGAAUAAAAUAUUAUGACUACAAGUUAUUUUAAAGGUUCUAAAAAUUUACAAAAGGACUAGACAAAGACUAAAAAUCAAGUUUGCCUUCUCUUUCUUAUGAAAAUGUUUAGUACAUCGAAAAAACAUGAAACAUAAGGGUGAUGAUAUCUAGAUAUCAGUGUGACAUUCUCAUAAAGAGGAUAAGCUGAGACAAGACACCCAGAUGUGCUCACAGUAACAUCUUUGCCUCUAGGGAAUGCCUGAGGCUGUGACUGAAUUUGUGAGUGUAGGCUUCUUGUCUCUGCUAUCCCUCUUCAUGUGGUGUGGAAAACCAUUCCUGUACAAAGCUUAUAUAAAAGACAAAGAAAACUAAAACUGAAAGAAAACUAAUGUAGGCAUAGAUCUAAGAUUAGCACAUGGACCCACCAAGUAAAAAGGCACUCAUGUGUUUGCUGUGUAGUGUUUACAGAUAGUGUGUAAGAUUACUGAGCCACCAGAUGAGAAGCACCUCUUUCCUUUUUUGUAAUGUUUGCACAUUGCAUGAGUCAGCAUUUUUAACAAAAUGAUUCCACAAGUCUUGCUUUCUAUAGUCUGUUAACCAAGACAUGUAUUCUACUCAUACACCUGCCACAUGAAAACAAGUGCCUUUCAAAGGACAGUCCAAAUCACCCUGUGUGGGCCAUGUGUAGGUGGGCAGUUGGAGAGGACACAUCCUCUGAGGGAAGGUGAAGGAUGUCUGCUAGUCAAUGAUGGCCACGGCCUCCUGGUUGGAGCUGGUGCUUGCCAGUGUCCUGCUGAGCUCAGCCAGGCUGGCUGCCAAGUCGCUGGCACCCCCAGCCAACUGCAAAAGAGUCAGGAGCUGCAGCAGCACACAGCACCAAGGGUUAGUAAAGGGAAAUACAGCACACAACAUGCAGCAAAGAAGCUCAGAGAUAUGAAAUGGUCAGUCAUCUAAAGCAUGCUAUGUAUUUGGGCUGAAUCCCCUGUACUUAAUGGCCUUUAGUGCAUGUCCAUGGAUUAAUUUUUUCUGAUGUUUCCAAAUAACAAAUACAUUGAAACAAUAUGAACCACUGCAGUCUGAGCUUGCUAUUGUACAACAGUGGGGACCAAGUUUACCCCAUUUUCUUUUCCUUAUUUGCAAUGCACAAUAGAUUAUAACAGAAAGGUUCUGGAGAUGUGCAUUAAUAUAUCCAUAUGGCAGUGAACAGUACUAUGGUGAUGCCCAGGGGGUGUGUGUUAGUGCAAUGGCCUCUCACAACAAAGGGCUGAGACUUGAAUCCUGUCCUGGACAGAGGCAGACCCUUCAAUUUGAAAAGGACUACCACCAAGGUACUACAAGCCACUGGCUGGUAUCUGGCCCAGUGCUUUUCUCCUUAACCACUGUUGGGUGGAAGCUUUUUCUGCAGUAAAAUCAUACUGGAUGAUGAGUAUAAAGUUACUUUACAUCACAGUUAACUUCCAAUAGAUAUACAAGUACAUUUAAAUUUAUGGCAAAUUUGGACUGUUUUCUGAUUUCAAGUGCAACUCACACAAGAUUCAUUUUUACUAUUUUUCACAAUGAAUUCAUAUCACUUAUAACAUUUCAUUGUAAGCACCAAUCUUACAAUUAAAAAUUUCACUUUAGCUUGCAACAAAGCCAUAGUGAUUCAGAGUCCUGGCCACAGGUAUUCUUCACUGUUGUACUGGGGAUCCAUCACAAGUAACAAAUCCAGCAAUAGUAAGCAUUCAAUGCAGCUCCACAAUAAACCAAGAAAACAUUUAAUAAAUUAGUAAGCAUGCAAUGUAACCAUUACACAACUCCAAAAAUAUCAAUGAGUUUUUGUCUUGGUCUACAGAAUUUAGUGGUUAGUAUCUACUAUGUACAGAAGAUUACAACUAAAAAACAACAAUAGCAACCUAUGUAAAGGUAAAUAUUUAUUAAUGAUUUUUG